UCUUUUCAGUUUGCACUGAAGCUAACCACUCCCUAGUUUAUCAACAACAUGGCGAUCGCCAAUGGAAGCCUUGCUUUAGCAAUCAUUGGGUUGAUCACGGCUGGUAUAGUAACCAUCGUCGCCAUUGUUGCGAUUUACGAGUGCGCCAAGAUGGCCAUGAAAGUGUACUUGCGAGAAGGCAUCGGCAACCAACAGCGCUACACGGCGGCGUCGUCGUCGUCCUUCGCCAACGGCGCCGGCGGCGGCGGCGACGCGGGUGUCGAGAUGGGCAGCAUGAGCCACUUCAUCGAGGGCCUCCAGAACGAGCGGCCCGUCCGGUUCAGCGCGGCGCAGCUGCGCGUCUUCACCAAGAACUACUCCCACAAGGUCGGCUCCGGCGGGUUCGGCGUGGUGUACCGCGGCAGGUUCCCGAGCGGCGCGCCGGUGGCCGUCAAGGUGCUCAACAGCACGCUCGGGAAGCGCGCCGAGGAGCAGUUCAUGGCGGAGGCGCUCGUGUACGAGUACAUGGAGAAGGGCUCGCUCGACCGCCACCUGUUCGACAACUCGGCGCCGGAGAAGAUCGCCUUCGACAAGCUCCACGAGAUCGCCGUCGGGACGGCGAAGGCGGUGCGGUACCUGCACGAGGAGUGCGCGCAGCGGAUCAUCCACUACGACAUCAAGCCGGAGAACGUCCUCCUCGGCGCCGGGCUGGCGCCCAAGGUGUCCGACUUCGGGCUCGCCAAGCUCUGCGACAGGGAGGACACCCACCUGACGAUCACCGGCGCGCGCGGCACGCCCGGGUACGCGGCGCCGGAGCUGUGGAUGCCGCUGCCGGUGACGCACAAGUGCGACGUGUACAGCUACGGGAUGCUGCUGUUCGAGAUCCUCGGGAGGCGGCGGAACCUGGAGCUCGGGGUGCAGCAGCAGCACGAGCACGGCCGGGAGACCGGCGGCCAGGAGUGGUACCCGCGGUGGGUGUGGCACCGGCUCGAGGCCGGCGAGACGGAGGCCGUGCUAGCGCGGGCGAGGGCGGCGGACGGGAAGGAGAGGGAGAAGGCGGAGAGGGUGUGCAUGGUGGCGCUGUGGUGCGUGCAGUACCGGCCGGAGGACAGGCCGUCCAUGGGCAGCGUCGUGCGGAUGCUGGAGGGGGAGGACCACAUCGCCUCGCCGCGCAACCCGUUCGCGCACCUCGCGCCGUACGCCGCCGGCUCGACGCCGUCGGGGUACACCACCACCGCCACCACGGAAUCGGGUAGCUCGUCAGCUCGUACAGGCAAUGGUACGGGCCGGUCAGCUUGA